CCACCUGUUCUCCUUUGUGUGCGUCUUAUUUUUGAGAAAAAUCACUAAAUCCUCUUAUCAGCUGUGGGAAGGUCAAAAUCCGUGCACAUUAUAUGUUGGAACCUGUAUAUUACAAGUUCAGUGAACUUUUUGCAAGUCUUUUUUUAUCCAUAUCACCAUAUGCAGUAUGUCCAUAUAUUAUCCAGUUGAGCCCAGUCAAAUAUCUGAUCGAAAUUUUAAUAUGAUGCUCGAGGGAUCUCUUCUUUUUCAUCCAUGAACAUGAACUAAAGAAUGUCAUUCUGAUUAUUUUGUUACGAUAUGGUUUGGUUACGUAAUCAAUACAUUGUUAUAACCAUCAGGAGGUACAUUGAGGCAAUUGAGUACUAUGAGAAAGCACUCGCAUUCUCAACAAAAAGUUUGAGUACAUACGCUGGCCUUGCAUACACGUAUCAUCUGCAGGACAAUUUCACAGCAGCAAUUACACACUAUCACAAGGCAUUAUGGAUCAAAUCCGACGAUCAAUUCUGCACGGAGAUGCUGACACUGGCCCUUCAAGACGAAUGCCAACUUGGUACAAACCCUAAAGCUGGGACAGUUAGAAGCCAGUUGUUUACUUGAAUGGAUUAUCAAUCUUUGUAGUCGUUUCAAUAUGUAAACAUACGCAAUCAUAGAGAGAAUAAUAGCUCGAACUGUAACAUAAGGCCAUAUUUAAUUUGUGGUUAUCCUUUUUUUUGUAGCAAUAGUAUUAGUAGUUAUUGGGUGGCUUUGCUUUUGUUAGAUCUAAACACAAUUUCUAUAGCUCAUUGUGAAAUGGAGUAUAUAAGUUUAAUAGCCAA